CAGAUUGUACGCUUGUCACCUCGAUCCACAUAAAUAAAAUUUCAAUUCAUUGUUUUCAGAGUUACCGAGGGUAGAGUGUGUUUUGUGAUGGUUUUUUAGGAUAAUAAAUUCGUUUGAGUUCCUAAACUUUGGUCACCGUCGUGUGUAGGUACUUUCAAAUACCAUUUCAAGUUAAACAAACUCUUGUGUAACCCUGAAAAACACACGACGGUGAUCCUCGCGCACCUAUUGGUCGAUAAAGCAGCCAGUGCACGUGAUGCUCUUCCCGUAGAAACUAGAAAGUGUUGAGAGAGGACACGACAUACUUUUAAUUAAAACACUGAUUCCAAUAAAAUUUUCUUGUGUAUUUCUAAUUUCUUUUCUAAAUUAUUGUUUUUUGUAAAAUUGUAAACAAGUGAAUAGUGACAAUCUCUCAUUAUUCCGGAGCAAACCUCAUUUACAUUAGGAGGUUCUAUAAUCGGCGGGCUGCCAACUCUCGGGGUAACAUGAGUUCUUUGAACACACUACUAGAAGCAGCAAGAUUUCUGGAAUUGCAAGAGCAGCAACAAAACCGUACAACGGUAGCAGCUGAAACUUUAGCAACAAUGAAACCGGUUUCACCUACUAUUACGAAAGCGAAUGUAGCGCCCGUUAUAGCUUUAAGUCAAAGCACUGUUAAGACAGUUACUGCUAAUUCGGCGCCUCAAACUAUGGUUAUUUCGUCGAAUAAUAUAUCUCCCACAAUUCUACAAACCCCUAUAACUUUUUCAACUCCUGCCCCCCAGAUCGUCAAGAAACUUGAACAAGAUGGUCAAGUAUCAAGUACCACAAUACCUCAUAUAUCGCGACAAAGAAUUUUACAUAAUAGUUUUGAUAUAAGGAAUUCCACAGUAAGCGAAGAUGGAAGUACGGAAAGCAAAAGAAAACAACCGCCGUUAGUAUUUCGAGCAGGUACUAGAGAAGUUCAUAAUAAACUUGAAAAACAUCGUCGAGCGCAUUUGAAAGAAUGCUUUGAUAUUCUUAAGAAACAAUUACCUACUACUCAGGAUGAAAAGAAACCGUCGAACCUUAGUAUACUUCAUUCCGCCUUAAGGUAUAUUCAGACUUUAAAACGGAAGGAACGAGAAUUGGAACAUGAAAUGGAGCGAUUAGCUAGGAAGAAAAUUAUUGCUAAACAAAGGUUAGCCGUUUUGAAAAAAGAUAUGUCACAUUAUGACAAUAUCGAUAUUUCAAAAAUUUUACCUGAAGGCGAUUCAAGCCCCGUUGCCAGCGCCUCGACACCUCCAGCAGAAGAACUUAGAGAAGAUAUUAUUAAUAACGGAUCUUCUGUUCAUAUUAAUGAAAAUCAAGAAAUGUCUAUACCGAUUUUGACCAAAACGAGCAUUCCUGUUGUUACACAAAACUUGACUUCAAUCAAAGAGAUCUCACAACCAAUUCAAACAACGGCUUUGUCGGUACUUCCCAUGACGUAUCCCGUAAACCAAGGUUUAGUCCUUCAAAAAGUUGCUUUGGUACCAAAGGGAUUGGAUGGAUUAGCACCAUUAGUGUCCACUCAUUUCAUCACUCCACAACAAAUCAAUGGAAAAGUGGUACCUUUGACACAGUACUUGGUGAAACCUGUUGUAGUAGUUAGCACCGCAUCACCACGCCCAAGCUAGUGGGGUUUAUUUCCAAAUUAGCAGUAAUUUGGUUCUUAACAAGAGGAGGAAAACAUUUUACAAACCCUGAGGAACGACUGAACUACUUUGGAUUUUUAUGUAUCAUUAACUCUGAAAAGUAGUAGGUAUUUUUGUAACAUCAAAUAAUUAUUAUUUAGAAAAAUUAUAGCAGUUAUAAUUAAAAUAGGAAAUUUUGGGAUACAUGCUUAUUUAAGGUUUCUAAAUUGGUAUUUUAUGUUAUUCAAAACGCACUUCCGUAAUGAUUCACUUACGAAAAUACUACUAACAUUCAUAUUUUCAUACGUCAGUUUUUUUGGCAAUAAAAACAGCUAGGAUGGGAUAAAAUAAAGAGCACGAUAUAUAUAUAUAUAUAUAUAUAUAUAUAUAUAUAUAUAUAUAUAUAUAUAUAUAUAUAUAUUUGUCACAUUAUUCAAAACAGUAACUUAAAUAUGACUAUUAUAUAAAAUUGUUGUAAAAAGGACCUAAAACCAAUUAUUCAUAGUAGGAUUGUGGGCGGUCAAGUACCAUUGACCACAUGAGCCUUUGAUAGGUCCGUAGUACCCGAAAUUAACAAAGGCCAAUGUUCUUUAGAAAAUGAAAUAUUUGGGCUUCUUCUUUUUGACAUCACUAGACCAAUUUUGUUUUUAUUUAGAAAAAUUGUUUAAUUUUGAAUAUUUGAUCAUUUGUGUUUUUCCAUUUCUAAAGCUACAUUUAGAGUCCUCUAAAGUGAUUUCGACCUCAUUUAUUAUUCUUUUGUCCAUUAUUCUAGUCAUUAUUUUAGAUGGUAUUCUUAUUAGUGAUAUACCUGGGUAGUUUUCACAACUUCUUUUGCCUUCUCUUAAUAUAUUGGUAAUAUAAUUCCUAGAUUCCAAUCUUCCGGCAUUUUUCCUGUUAAAGCAUCUUGUUUAGUAAAUCUGUUAGUUGCUCCAUCCAUAUAUUUCAUCAAAUCAGCAGUUAUGAUGACUUCUCUUGGCGCUUUUCUCAGCUUUAAUAUUUCAAUUACUUCUACUAGUUUUUGAUUCCUUAUCCUUUACUAGUGGGUAUUCCCUCCAUUACUUCAUGUUCCUCCGAAAUUCAUCAUAUUAUACUCCUCUUUCUUUCUCAAUUGUUUUAGUGUUACAAAAAAUAAUUUUUUAUUUUACUUAUAGUUCUAUGUUGUUUUCUUUUUGAUUUGUAGGUUUCAUAAUAUUCUUUGUAUUUAAGUAUUUGUUCCUUUCUUAUGGAAAAUAAGGAAGUUCAUUCGAACUAACGUGACAAACGCAAACGGAUGUGAUUGGCUCUUUUCUAUUGCCACGAACGGCCGACGGGAAAAUAUAAAAGUCGUUUAUGUUAAAAGUCUCCAACGGCAGACCGAUCAGCAAGCAGCGAUGACAAACGGCAACUAUGAAUGGUCUUACGCAUUUCAAUGUUUUAAUUUUGUAACAGCAAACGGCAACGUCAAGUCAAGUUUAUAAAUCGACCAUUAAUUCUAGCUCUCAUACAUAACAUAAACAACAGAUAAUCAUGAUCAAGACAAUUUUUGAUGUCUUAACACAUAAAAAGCUAACGAGGAGGUUCAGAAUUAUGAAAAUUUCUAAAGCUUAAACUACGUGAAAAAUUAAUUUAUAUGUUUUGAUUCUAAUUUUCAAGAAUAAUUUUUAUAUUUCAGAAUAAUUAAUUUCAUGGCACCAACUACUGCAUAGCAUGUGAAUAAGAGUAAUUUUUGGAGAGUAAAUAAUGUUUAUUGUACCACAUUUUUUAUUACAGUAAAAUACAAAUACUUUCAGAUUUAAAUCAAGUAAAAACAUACAUAUGUAUUGAAUUAAUACAAGAGAACCUUUUUUCAAACUAGUGGUAUGGGGUAGAUAGUAACAUAAAAUUAAUGUCUUAUAAUCUUCUUUAACAUUCAGUUUUAGGUAACAGUGUACAUAAAGAACGUACUAUCAGCUCUCGAAAUGAAUGUACCCAAUUUUGGAUUACACCUUAUAAUUUUGAGGCUCAUUCCAAAGUUAUCUUUCAUCGAGUUCAUCAAACCACAUAGUUCUCAUUAUGUCACUAGUAAGCUCUUAAUCCAUCCUAGCUGAUUUCCAUUGCAUUUCUUAUUGGUUGUCUGAGGUAACUAAGUUGCUGUACUUGCUGAAUAUAACAAUGUUAUUUAAUGAAUAGUCUUUAAGACAAUAUCGAACCUUAAUCUGUUUCAUUUAUUCCAAAAUUAAUAGCACUGAACAUUACGUAUACUUCAUAUUCCCCUUAUUAUAGUGGUUUAAUGGUAUUUGUAUUAUAGUUUUUUAGAUCUCACCACUAUGAUAUUGGAUACUGAUUUAAAGUACCUUUAAAUUUUACCUACUUAUUAUAACAUUUUGAAAUUUAUUUAUUUAUCCCAUUUAUAUGAUUAUAUUAAAUGACCAAGAAAUUGUUUACCCUAUUAAUAUGUAUAAUAUUCUAUAUUUGUUGACUGAUUAAAAAAUAUAUUUUAAUAACACUUGAAUUUGACUAAAUGGCCACAAAACAGUAGAUAUUGAAACAAAAAAAACAUACAGAACUUAAUACUAAUCCUCAUAAUAGUAUUUGCAACAGAUAAUUGAAAUUCAGUGAAAGGAGCAAUAAAAAUGAAACAUUAAAAAAUGGAAUAUUAAAGUAUAUGGAUGCUUAAAAAUAACGAGGCAAACAUUAAAAAAACAAUAAAAUAAAAAAUUAACAGUUAAAUUGGAUAUGAAAUGAACCAACAAAGGUAGCCAGGAAAAUCAUGAUGGUAGGUAAACUAAGGGAAAAAAAGACAGAAAAGACAAUGGAUUGACCAAAUAGAGGAAAUUGGGCAAAUUAAAGGAAAUGAAAAUACUUGCAAGGGAUAGAAAAGCAUGAAAAAAUAGUGUGAGAACAGACAGAGACUAAAUCUGACCUUUUAAAGGCAUAAGGAUCAUCAAGGAGCAUUUACAUGUUAUGCACAUAUAUUUUGAAAAAUGAAUCCUACUGUAUUUUGUAAACUAAAAUUAUGGAUCAAAGUAAGAUUUGUCUUGUGAAAUCUUGUUGAUCAAUUUUCCAUAAGACACUUAACUUGAUGAAUAUUUUUAAAAAUUAUAUUUUUUAAAGCAAAUGAUGAACGGCAUUACAUUAUUUUUAGCAUUGUGAAUCGACUUAUUAAGCGUUCAAUGAUUUCAACAGAUAUUGCCAGUUGAUUGAACAUUAUCCUGAUACAUUUUGUAAUAGAUAUUUUUUAAUAUAAUAUCAUCAAACUAAUCAAAAAUUGAAAGAGUGAAUGACUUAAUUGUUUUCGUGAUUUUAAAUGCACAAAAUAAAAAAUGAGUUGUUGAAAUGUUGACAAAAAUAAUAAGCAAUAUCACGUAAUCAAAAAUGAGAUUUAUCUAAUUCCGCUAUCAAAUGUGACACUUUGAGUCACUCCUUGACAUUAGGAAACGUCACAUUCAUAUCGAAGUUGAAAUUUCUGGACCCAUUGAUGAUAUUCAUACUGAACACAUUGUUAACACCAACACUCACAAUUACACUGCCUAACGCGCGUUUCGAUAACCAAGCUAUUGUCUUUAGAGACUGAGGUUUAACUUAGUUACAACCAAGUUAUCGUCUUCAAAGACUGAAGGUGAACUUCACUCUCUAAAGACGAUAGCUUGGUUAUCGAAACGCGUUAGACAGUGUAAUUCUGAGUGUUGUUGUAGUGGUGGUGUAAUAAUUAUUUACGUUAUGAGUUCGGGAAGUGAUUUAGUACGGUACUAGAUAGAUGUUUAUGAACGAGGCGACGAAGAAGCCGAGUCAAGAAUAUCUAAUCGAGUACUGUAAUAAAACUUCACGGACGCAUAUCGUAAUAGGUUUAUUUUUCAUACUCUUUUCGGUUUUAAAUAAAAAACAAAAUUAUAUUAAAAUAUGAAAUGUCAUAUUUUAUUUGAAGAAAUAAAAAUUAGUAGAAGUCACUAAGGUAACAUUGUAAACAAAAGCAGACUUAUUGAAUUUUUGGAAAUACAAAAAAUAUUUUUUCCCAAAAGAAUGACUGAUAAUUAUAAUAAAAUUGCUAAGAAAAGUGCGGAAGCAGUAGGGCAAAUUAUUUCAAUUAAGUCUUCGAAAAGAUACGAAAAAGAAUAUGCGAUGUUUUGCGGCUGGCAUAAGAAAUUCGAGGUAGAAAGUACUGAUGAAAAUGAUACCUGAAGUGCCAUUUUCCGGUCUGAAAUUAGUACUGUAAAGUCAACUUUUUAGUACAGUAUGAAAAAAACAGUGUUUUCAGUAUAACCUUCAUAUAUCAGUUAUAAAAAGUAGUUAUGUAAAAACCUUUUGUAGAACCUUUUCAUUGAUAUUCUUCAUAUUUUUCAAAUCACACCAUUUUUCAAAUUUUGGUAGGCCAGGGCAUAUCUAUUUCUUGAUUUUUCAGGUAUUAAACUACCCACUGCAGCAUUUGCAGACUCUUUUUUGGAAUUAGAUAAAACGUUUCAAGUCAACACGUUAUGAAAAGAGUGAUAUUAUUCAACUCUUGUUCGCUCUUUUCAUAAUUAGUUACGUAAAUAACUAUUUUAAAUAUAUGGGCAGUGAAUAAAAGUUUAAAUCAUGUGCUUAGUCAUAAAAGUAAACAAUUAACGUAUUACCAAAUUAUAAUUAUAGUUUUUGAAUUGAAUUGAAAACACUGUAGUCCAGGGUCGAUAAUUUUUGAAACCAAAAACAUAGUAGAAGAAUAAAACCUAUUGGAAAAGGAAGAGAAUAUAACAAUCAUGGAAGGAAAAAUAAUUCUCGUGAGAUCUGAGGUUGGGAAGGGGAAGAAGAGAGUUUCAAGUGUAAAAAACAAUUUAACUAGAUAUAUGGUAAAACUGCAAGGCCUAUGGGAAAAAGUUAAAUAGUUAAAUUGUGUGUAAUAAAAAAUGCUACAACUUUUGUAUUUACACUUUUCUCACAUAACCUCAAAGUUUAUGCAAAAACAACAAAUAAACAAGUUUUUUGUUUCCUAAUUUUAUCUUCAAAACCAUUUUUUAUUACAAACUAACUUGGUGCAAACUAAGGUUUUUAUGCCCUAAGUACACUGUAUUUUUUAAUUUAAAAUAUUUUUUGUUAAUUAUUCAACCCUCGAAUUUUUUAAAUCAAUAGACUGCACAAUAAAGACAUAAUUUGAAUAUCAUAUAUGUUAAUUAGCUAUGACAAUUUCUUGCACAGAAUAGAUACACACUGAUUUUCAAUUUUUUAUCAUAGAGUUCACAUUUUCAAUAAUCAAUUGUAUCUGCAUUUCAAUGAUUUGUUAAGAGGAUGACUUAUUUGAGCUCUUCAUACUUGAUUACAUAUUUAUAUUCAAUAUUGGACAUAAUACCUCUAUGCAAAGAACUAUUAUAGGUGUUAGUUAACGAUUUUUAGUGCUUUCAUCAUGUCUUUUCUAUUUUUAAAGGUAAGUGCUCUCAGAGGUCUUCUAAUGCCCAAUCUAUUCAUAUUUUUGAUAUACUAAAUUACUGAAUUUUUACAUAUUUUGAAAAAGGAAUUUUCUAGAUAUCAACUACAACACAUAAUUAAUUUCGCGUCUCAUAUUGUUUCAAGUUAUUUCACAAACAUAUAUUGAGUUAUUUAGCAUAUCGACAUAUCAUCUUCCAGUUUGCUAAUCAACUUCCUAAUGCAUUUUUCCUUAAAUCAAUUUAAAUUAACUUUAUUUAAAGCACCACCUUCAUUAAUCUAAAUAUUUACAUUAUUAACACAAAAUAAAAAUAAGUUACAUUGAAAUGAUACCUAUAACUUAGUCGAAUAUGACCUUAACAUAACCUCGAAUUGCCUUAUUUUUUCCAUAAAAGUUUGUUUUUGCUGGAAAUGCAUAAAUAAGCUUCAUAACUCCAAAUUAAAAAAAAUCAGUAAAAGAAUAAAUGAAUAUGGGUCAACCCUAAUUCCGCGUACACCCUCCUCUACUUCUUUUCGAUGUAUUAAUGCUUUGCGGCAUGCUAAUAUCAAAUGUUCAAGAAAAGCUUGCUGUACAUUCUCCCAUUCUUCAAAGGAAACAGGGGAACUAUGACUUCGAAUCCUCUUUUUGAAAUAGUCCCGUAGACGUUCUAUAGGAUUCAUAUCCGGACUGUUAUGUGGCCACUUUAAUGAAGGGAUAUCGACAAAAUGAGCAAAAGGCAUUACAUGUUCGAAAAUAAUGUUGGACAUUCAUACGUUAGUGUCCAAUUUCGUACCAGCAUCGAAGCACGCUCCUCCUCAAAACAUUUUAGAGACUGUAUCAAAAGGCAAACCAUUUUCCUUGCUUUCGCCUAACAAGCUCACGCCUAUCUAGAGCUUUAAGGCUAACUCUAAUUUCAUCAAAGAACGAAACUUUAUUCCAAUCUUUGACGGCUCAAUUCUGAUGAAGUUUUGCAAAAUUUGAUCUCUGAACUUUGUGUUCUCUGGUAAGAAGAGUUUUUUGGCUGGUAUUUUGUUGCUUAACCCUGCUUCAUGUAAACGUCUUCUAACCGUUCGAAAAGAUACAUAUAUAUAUGGAACAUCUGAUAACUCAUUUUUUAGCAGAUUGCUGGUGACUCUUCAGUUUCUGAGAGCACGAUCAUCAAUUUGAUUAGUGCAACGUUUUUGCCCUUUCGUCCUAGUCUUCGGUGGUACUAACACAUUUCUUUAUGCUGCCACACUAUGUGGCUGAUGCUGGAAUGAUGUCUUCCUAACAAAGCAGCACCAGAUCGUAAUGAAUACCCUUCAUUCGGGAGAGUCAAUGCUGGUUCUACUUCAUUGACAAAUUUCUUUGAAGGCUCUUUUUUUAUUUGAUUUACUCUUAAAUGAACUUCUAAACAUGCAUGUAGUAAAAACAAUUACAAUAAAUUGCUUUAAUCUGUACUUUUGAAGAAAAUGUUGAUACAGUUUUAGACUAAAACGAGGUUUAAUACGAAUUGUAAUCAACAACUGUCAUUGUCAAACAAUGUCCAUGGCCUAUUUGUACAGUAAUUUAUCAAUAAAAAAAGAAUAUCAAGAAAAAUAUGAGUGGUGCGUUAAUUUUGUCAAGUUUAUUUUUUUAACUCCGCUUUCAUCGACUUUUCACACGAUCACUCACCAGCUUAACAAGAAGUAAAAUAUUCGCGUUCUUUUCGGUAAAUACUUUUUGUUGAUAUAUUAUUUGUAUCCAACAAUAUUUUUUAUUGCUGUACAAUUUGGGAGAUACAUUCAAGUGAUUAUUAUACUAUCUCGUUAUUUGGAAAAUUUGCAAAAAUUGAUAAUCAGUGUUGAGCAUCUGCAUAAUAUCAAAAUAUAAUGGAAAGCGUAUUUAUAUUUUUAUUAAAACAUCAUAAUAUGAACGUUCAGAUAUGUAUCAACGAUUAAAUUAUAUCAAAUAUUAUUUCAAAUCAUUUAAAUGGACCAGACAAUUUGAAACAUUGAUAUUAAGAAAUCAUUUUAUUUGACAUUUGCGUUAGUAACUCAUUAGAGCGAAGCAUGUGAUUUAUGUACGUGUGUAACAUGUUUUACAAAUCUUGUGAUACCAAUAAAAGAUUUGCAAAUUAUUUUAUAUAAAGUUGUUUAUUUAUCUUAAAAAAAAGGACCUCUAAUAUCUGUAAAUGUAUAUUCAUCAAAACUGAAAAAAAAAUUUGGCGGAUGUUAAAACUGGGUUUUUUAUUUUUCUGUAUAAGCAAGUUAGUUUCAUAACUACAUAACCACUGCAAAAAAAUGUUGAAAUGCACAUAUCCAUCACUUGCUUCAUUCUGAAAAUAAUCAAAAUAGACAAGAGGAAAUUUACGAUGUUUUCUCCAACGUAUUGAACUUAUUAAUUAUUUAUUUAUACUUUAUAACCAUUCUAUCAUUAAUGAUCGAUUAUAAUAUAGUAAAAUAGUUGAAUAUUACUCAAAUGUUCGAUAAAAAAAUUCACAUAGUUCAAAAACUUCCCAUGUUUCUGUCUAUUUAAAAACUUUGUUAAUAUCAUGUAACUUCUAAAUUCCCAACACUGCAAAAUUGAUUUCUCUGAAAAAAUAAUGUAUGUACAUUUAAAGCAAAAACUUUUUAAUAUCUAGUGAUAAAGAAUUACGAUAUAUCUUUUUCUUUCAACUUUUCAGGUGUGGGAUGAGAGUUCCGUACAUUUUUGUGUCCUCUGUAUUUUUUUAUAUCCCCAAUUUCACCAAAGUUCUCUCCCCCUAUUUCCUUACUUCAUCCGAUUUUUUCUUCUUCGUUUACCUAACUUCAUUCACACAGUAUGUCUCUUGAUUUAUUCCGUGUUUUAAGUCCUAGAUUGGGGUUUUUGUACCGAUUUAUGCUUCUUAGUUGGGAGUUCUGGAACUUUUGGUGAUGUUCAUACUGAGCACACUACCACUACACAACAAUUACACGCGUUUCAAUAACCAAGUUAUUUUGUUCAGAAACUGAAGGUAAACUAAAAUCUUGACCUAACUAUUAAAUACUAAAUUUACCCACCAAUAAACUUUCUCCCGUGAAAUAUAAUUCCAGUGAGACUCAUAUUUAUUCUUGAACUCUUAACUAUGAAGUGGGCCGUGAGGAUUAGGCCUUUUGUCUCUAUUUAAACUAUUUUUACAUUUAACAAUCUCAAUGCAUCCAACAAUGUAUUGCUGGAUAUAUUUUUCAACAAAUUUACAUUAUUUAUAUUUAUUUCAUGAUAAUGACUCGCAGCAUGAUCGGCAAUUUUCGAUGAGCCAUAUGAUAUUUUAAACAGACAUUAAUGGAUCCCUUAGUCUGUCCAACAUAUAUGUAUGUAAAUAUAUCUAGUAUACUGCGACCCAAAUGAUCUAUUGUGUCCCCCUUUCUUGCUGCGAUACCGGGGAACCCAAAGUUAACAGAGGAUCUGUUAAUAUCACUCCUUUUAGAAAGUUCACAAUGUGGGAUGGCUGAAGCUGCGAGAGACCUUCCUCUUCUAUUUCAUUCUUUCCCAGGUGUAGUGUAGUGUACCACUCUUUUCCAAAUUUGGUAUUUUAUCUUCUAGAUUACCCAAGAAUUGUUUCAAUGUAUAGCUGGAUUUAUAAACCAAUUUCAAAUUCUGUUCAAAAUUCCUUGCAAUCAAUUUAUAUAAAUAGGACCGAAAGGUACCAGAGCUAUUUUUUCUUGUUUUUCAUUUUGAUUUUGGAAAAAUGUGGUUUCCAACAGAGAUUUCUUAAACCUAUAAUGGUUAAUUAUUCUAUCUACAAUUCUCUAAUCACAACCGUUGAGUGUAGCUACAUCCUCAAUAAAUUCCUUUCCAUAUCUUUCGAUGUUAAUAGAAAUUGAAGUAAACAAUGUACCGGUAGCGGUGAUUUUCCUAAAUACAUCAAAUUUUAGCCUUACUAUUCUUAUUUACUAAAGUGUCUAAAAAUGGUAACUGUCCAUUUUUUCCAUAUCAUAAAACUUUAUGGAUAGACAUUUUGAAUUGUUUCAAAAUGAAAUAUUUUACAUUUGCCUUUUUCCGAUUGGAUAUAGCGAAAAUAUCAUCCACCUGUACCAUAUCCUGCAAAAAUACUGGAACUGUUGAUUAAUUUGCUUACCAAAGUGGCUCAUGAAUAGUUAAUCCAUAAACGGUGUUAGGCAAUUGCCUAUAGCUAUGCCUUGUGUUGUUAAAAUUCGUUUUUGUACUGAAAAUCGUUUUGUUGCAAGUAUUUCUUUUCGUCAGUUAUAAAUAUUCUUCUUUUAUAUCAGCUACCCAAUUAUUAGAAUUCAAUAAGUCCUCAAGGUACUCCAAGGUCUUGCGGUAUCGGGAAGCUGGGAAAUAAUAAACUCACUUAAAGGAAAUUUGGAUAAGGAAAUUUUAAAUAAUGUAAAAUUGUUAAACAGUUCAAAUAAUGACAAAGGAUCUAUUCCUUACAGCUCACCCUAUAAUUAGGUAGUUAAGAAAUAAAUUUGGUUUCCCGCUGGAAUUAUUUUUCGCGGGAGAAGGCUCAUUUGGGUUAAAAUUUAGUAUAAAAUAGGUAGGUCAAGUUAAUAAGUUUUAGUUUACUUUUAGUUUCUGAAGACGAUAAUUUCGUUGUCGAAACCCGCGUCAGAGUGUAAAUGCCUUAUCAUCAAUCUCGAAUGUACUAGCCAGUACUAAUCCAUCAAUUGAUUCAGUUCAAAGUUUGUUCCUAACUGUUUUUUUCCAAUGACUAAACUGAUGAUUACAUUUUCCAUUUCUUUUGUGGGUUCAGACUUCGACGUUUAUCGAAACGUGCAUCAGACAUUAUGAGUGUUAAAGUAGUGGUAGGGUAAACAUUGUAUCCAGUAUAUUUUUACCUCUCUCUUUUGCAGUACAAUUUCUUUAAAGUUUUUCCCCCAUUUUUUUACUCUAUCCUUUUUUUUGUUUCCCCUUACAUGAAUCUAUCUUCAUUAACGCAUUAUGUUCAUUUAUGAUUUAUUCCUUGUUUUAGCUAUUUCUGCAUCUAUUUCCCUUCACUCACUAUCUGUAUGUCGUUCUUUUUCAGUUUUGUCUUUAUAUUUUAUUUUUUCAUUAUAUUCGUAGUAUAUUCUUUCAACUUCCGAGUACCGGGUAUUUCAUUUGCUUUUGGAAUUUAUUCUUAGAAUUUGCUAUUGAAAUCACACGAUAACGUUUAAUAACAACUCAUUGUUACAGAUUCCACAUUUCAUUAUUCAAUGGUUACACAAGUUCAAAAAUGCUUACUAUAAGUUAUUUGUCCAUUUUCAAACAUUUUAUUGCAAAUGCAAAUGGCCUCCAAAAUGUACUUGUAUUUUGUAAAUGUCCUUUCCAGAAAAUCUGUUUCAUAAUUUAUUAUAUACUCAUUCAUUUUAUUCUAAUUAUUUACAUUAUCUUUCUAUUUGUCACGUUAUUAACAAACUGAUUAAAACUUCUUAAGGGACCAUAUGCCUCACAUUUGAAUUAAAAACAUAUCGUUAAUCUGAAUCAAUUCUGACCAAGUGCGCUUAGCGCUCAAUUUUUCUGCAUUUAUUGUGAUUAUGAUUUAUUAUUAUGGAAUUUUCUUCAAUAAUAAAAUUGCAACUAUUAACAAGCAUUUAAUGAAAAUUAGUCCUAAUAAAUUCUUUAAAAAAUAUGAUAUUUUGGUUAUUUCGAAUAUAAAUAUAUAUGACUAAAGGACUUUUCGGAAACUAAAACACGAGUUAAGGUAAAUCAGUUGAUUGAGGAUCCUAAACCAGAAAGAAAUAUCAAAUUUAAAACAAUAUAUACAAGAACAUUUAAUUUCUAUUACUUUUUGUGCGUUAAUUUUUCCAUGUAAUUAAUUUAGUUGUAUAAUUGAUUCUCACAAGGAUUUUGCACUAAAGUUUAAAACUAAUAAGUUAUUUUUAUAUUGACAUGCCGAAAGUAUCAACGCCGCAAACAUAAGUAAUAGUAGACAGCCAUUUAAGGGGAAUAAACAACUUUUACAAUUUCAAAUAACCAAAAACAAAUAUAGCAACCCUUCAGCUGAUUGCAUUUACCAACUGGUCUACAAGGGUAGAAAGGAUCAAAACAUAUAAUUACCACCCGAUUAACUCGAUCAGUUUCCGAACAACAAUGAACGUAAUUCGGGUUAGUGUCCGAACAUUCAGAUCAUGAUCAGGUUAACUCGAUCAAAGUUUACGAAAAGCCCUUAAAUGAUUUAGUUGAUCUAAUCGAUUAUUAAAAUUUAUUAUUAUUAUUUUUAGGGGAUAUUUUUACUGCUAUACCAAAAAUUUUCUAGAAAUUAAAAAAUUAUAGCACUGUGCUAAAGGGUUUAAGUCCAGUGGCUACUUAGUCAUCGAAAAAUCGAUUUCCACUUCUCUACAAAAAGAUCUCUUUGAUCGAAGACUGUAGAACCUCUAGUUUCGAAGUUAUAGCCUGUCAAAUAGUAACAUUUAAAAAAAUCUUAUUGAAUUUCAUUUAUUUUCAAUUUAUUACAUUCACAUGGACACUUUAGUUUAAACUUUUAAUGCUCAAAUACGCACAAUAAAAUUAAAUUAUUCAUGUAAGAGUAAAAAAAAACGAAUGGAAUUUAAUUUGUAUUAGUUUAAAUUUUACUGUUUGACGGUAUAUAACUUCGAAACUAGAGAUUCUACAACCUACAACGAGAUAUUUUAGUAUAGAAUUUAAUUUUCUACAAAGACAUAAGAAGGUUUCUGGAAAAAAAUCUAAUAAAAGGAAUAAUCCAUUUAAAAUAGAAAAAAAUAUAUUACCUAUGUAAUUUAAAUGGGAAUUUUUCGAUGAGAUCUUGGACUUUAACCCUUUAGAACAGCAAUAAAAAAUUUUAAAUACCUAUAUAGUAGUAAAAAAAUAUGGUCUAAAAAUGAAACGCCUUAAUAUGUAUACAUGGAACAUACAUAGAACCAUAUUUUCUGUAGAGACAUCCAGUUGUAAUAAAAUUGAACUUGUAUUUACACUAAUAUAUAGCACAUCACCCAAUAAAUCGUGUGACUAACUAAGAAAAACACAUUUUAUUGCCAAAAAUUGAUUUUAUUCAUCAAAGUAAUUUCCUUCAAGAGCAAUACAAUCAUUCCAACGCUUCUCUAACUACUGCGCUUGUAGAAGGAUUUUUCUUUUCCCCCAAAAAAGGCUUCAGUUUCAGCAAUUGCUUCUUCAUUGGAGCUGAAUUUCUUACCGGGGAACAUUUUUUUGAGAUCAGCAAAUAGCCAGUAGCCACUGGGGGCCCGAUCUGGAUUAGACGGUGGAUAAGGAAACAAUUCCAAAUGUAAUUCGUUCAAUUCAACCAUCGUUGUCAUCGACUUGUGAAUCGGUGCAUUGUCUUGGUGAAAUAGUGGUUUCUUCUUCGACAUGAGGCCGUUUUUUCUUGAUUUUUGCACUUGAAAAAUCCAACAACUCUAUGUAGUAUUCGUUAUUGAUUGUCUCUCCCUUUUAGAGUUAGUCGAUGGACAAUAUUCCAUGCACAUCCCAAAAUACUGAAUACAUAACCUUCCCAGAUGACUGAUGUGCUUUUCGACGCUCCGGAUGUGGUUCACUGGCUGCAGUCCAUUCAGAUGAUGAUCUUUUCGAUUCCGGAGUGAAGUCAUGGAUCCAUGUUUCAUCAACUAUCGCAUAUCGACGCAAAAAAUCUUAUUUAUUACGGGUUCAAAACAUCCUGUCGCUGCAGUUCAAUUUUGGUCUUCCUCUCUUUCUGUUCUCUUGUGGGAUCCGUUUCAUUAUUUUUUUUGGUAAUCUUUCCUCCCCCAUCCUCUGCGCGUGUCUGUAGCAAAUCAAUUGUUUUUUCUCAAUAUAUUCUAUAAUUGUUUAUUGCAGGUUCAUUUGCUGUUUUGUUGUAUCGUUUCUUGCUCUGUUUAUUCUACAUUUCAUAGUACAAGUACCAUGUCUUAUCUACGUUCAUCUGUAGUCCCCUUUUCCGGUAUUCUUCCUUUAGUUUGAGUGCCAUCUAUUCUAUAUCACCUCUGGCGUUUUAUCUGAUCAACUGCAAACUGGAAGAUAUAUAACCAGGUAUCAUCGUCGAUUUGGAUCCCUAUUCAUUUGCAUUUAUUCUUCUUUUGAAAAGAGUGGUGAUGCAGCACCGUUGCUUCAGGCCUUUAUUGACUAUGAAGGAUUCAGAUACUCUAUUUCCGAUUUUUACUGCAGACUUCAUAGCUUUAUAUAAGUUCUGGAUACCCUUUGUUAGGGUAUAAUUAUUAUAAAAUAAAAAGCAGCAAUAAUAUUCUCAAACGAUACUGUAGAGUACAAAAUCAGAAACAACGAUGUUAUUUCUGUCAAACUGAAAUCUGUUCUAUUCUGUUUGUGAUUAUUAUAAAUCAAAUAUUUAUUCAAAAUUUAUUGGAAGAAAUAUAUAAACAUAAAUUUAAAUUUUAUUGCAUACAAUCACAAUGAAUAUUACUAAAAUAAAAUUUGGAAAAGAAGUAAUUUAGGGUUGCUAGCUUGUAGCACCUACUUGUGUAUGGCCGAUCCACACUCGCACGUGAAUAUCAGCGCGAAUCGCAGAAAAGAUUGCCAACAGUCUAAACUCGCAGGCUUACGACGGGCUCACAGUAUAGUUCCGCUCUUGACGAAAACAUUAAAUAAGUGUGAGUUCUAAUUCGUUAUUCCACGCGGUACUUACUUUGUAUGCAAAAUCGUGAUGUCGGACAAAAACCGACAAUUUUCGGGGAACGUGCCGCGAAUAAUAUGCGAAUCGGAUCCACACUCAUGCUUCGCGCGGGUGUGGAUUUAUCGCGGGACAAAACCGACAAUUUUCGGAGAACAACCCGAAAAGAAUAUGCAAAUCGGAUCCACACUCAUGCUUCGUGGGUGCUUCGCGCGCGUGUGCGGAUUUAUCGCGGGACAAAACCGAGAAUUUUCGGGGAACGAGUCGCUGAAGAUUAUGUGAAUUGGAUCCACACUCAUGCUUCGCGCAUGUGCGGAUGCAGAUUUUAAGCCUAUAACAAAUACUUGAAUUUUUUGCCAAUAAAAAAGGAUUAAGUCAAUUAUAAUCUACUGAUAAAUGUAUGUAAGCCACUAUAUUUUUUCCUAUAAUGUAACAUUUUGCGUAUUUUUACAAUUAGAAAUGGAUUACAUUUUAAAAUGUUGAAACAACUAUCAUCCAAAUUUAGAACUCCAGUUACUGGUAUCAAAUUGGAAAAUAAAUUCUUGAUCAUCCGGAUCUUCUACAACCCAUUUGCAAUUUUUUCCAUGAAGAAAUCUUAAUAUCGCAUCAACGAAUAGUUUAAGGUCCCACCGACAAUAAUAAUUAUCCUCCAUAUAAAUGUAUUCAAUAAUAUCCCUUAUAAUUACUAAAUAUUCUGAGCUUAUUAAAGAAGUCCAAUUCAUUCAAAUAUUCCAAACAAGGGAGAAAAAAAUAUAGUAAAAAACGUUUAAAUUGUGGAAAUUUGUUAAUCAACGUCGAUUUUUACGAUUUAAGUUCUACUUACCCCCUUAUUCAAAAUGUACCCUUUGCCGAAUUGGGCUUUUUAUAUUUUGGGGGUGUCAACUACCCCUUGUUUCAAAAAAUUUAAAAUCUCAGAUUAUAUGCGGGUAAAAUGAAGUUUAAAUGUAUGAUUCGUAAAUUUGUCGACAUUCUCAAACACGUUUAUGAUCAAUCAGAUUGAUGCAACCCCUCCAAAUCAUCCCUUAAUUAUAUGAAAAGUUAAAAAAUAAUCUCACCAAUAUGUAUAUUUAUAUUGAAUUGAGAAUGUUUUGUUAGAAUUUUCAAAAAGUGUUGCUUUUUAAAUACCCUUAUGAAACCCACCUUCAAUGACCAAAAAUUUACAAAUUGCAGUUAAAAUUUUUUUACAGAAAUAAUAAAAAUAUUUUUAAAAUCAAUAGAAUUUCUAAUCCAGAAAAUAAUAUAAUAAACAAAUUUGAAUAAUUAUAUUUCAUCACUAAUAUAUUCCUCCUCUUUUUUUUUUAAAGCGUUUUGUAGGGAAUUUCAAGUUUUUCAACGUCAUAUCAACUUUUUUCAACCCACGGUUUCGAAAAGGGUGCAGCUCAAAGGGGUUACAUAAGCCACAUUUGGUACGCGAAUGCAAACUUUGAAUUAAUGUAUCUCCUUCAAUUUUUAUGAUACAUAUUUAAAAAAGCUCAAAAUUUUUGGCAAGAAAAACCCUACAAUUAAUAUUUGAACCAUUUUCACAUAACAACAAAAAAUUUUUUUUCAAGAUCACGAAAAUGCAGUGUUCAUUUUAUUCAAUUAUUUUUUCUAAAAUAAUCAUUCAAAACUGGUUUAAUCACAUGGAUCAUAUCAAUAACACACAAAUAAAGUUAAUUGCAAAUGGAUUGAGAUUAAUUUCAAUUAGGGUGGUAAUGGCGAGGGUAUAAUUACAUUUUUUCAAAAAAGACAAAAGAAGAAACUUUAUUUUUGUUAAAAAUCAGUCAAGUCUUAUGCAAAAGACUUUUGACAGUGCUCAUUUUAAAGGUUUUUCUAUGUGCUUUGAAAAAGAUCUCUUGAAGUUUUUUUCAAAAAUUUCAUCAAUUUCAAGUUAUUUGAGAUUAAAGGUUUUCAAUUUCGUGGUUCCCCAAAAAUAGCCAUCCUUCAACGAGUAAUAACUCAGUUAUUAUUGUAUUUACAGAGGUCCUUAAAAACGAAUCUUUUCGUUUUUUAUAAGCUAAAUUUUUGUUCCUUAAUUAUUUUGCUGAUAAAAUGAAAACUUUGUAAGUUAUUUUUGAAAAAUGAGCAGUAACAAGUACCAACUUUAGAAAAAAACUUUAUAGGGUAAAAGUUGCUUAGAAUUUGUCAAUCUAUCGACCUACGAGAUUAUUUUGAAAAAUAAAUUUUCAUCUUCAAGAAGGGGUGGCUUCUUCCCCCAGUGCAAAAGCAUCCUUCUGCACAUUAUACAUUUUGAGAGUACCAAUUUUCAAGAAAAUCGACCUUGAUUAUCAAAAUUCUACUGGAAAACAUCUAGUACCUGACCUAACUCUUGCAUCCAUAAUAACUUUUUAACAUUAACUUUAUAUAUAGUAAAAUCUUUACUACAAAACUAUCAGUCCAACAAACCUCUUAAUUGUAAUUAUUGUUUCAUCUAGUUUGUUCUCUAUUAGUAUAACUCUGUCUUGGUAUUGAAUAAACAUAUAGUAGUUUCUUCAGUGGUCUUUUAUAUACAAAUGUUAUGUGAAUGAGUUCUUCAACUGAGGUAGAUUUUUCUCACCACAAAAUAAUAAAAAGAUUUACGAACAAAUCAAAAUGAUAUUAAGAUCAGAUAUCUAUCCCACAGUGGAAUUUUAUUUUCAAAGCUAGAAUGUGAUCUUUCACAAAAAUUCUUAAAACUAAUAUCAAAGAUAUCUGAUGAGGAAAUUUUUUAAGUUUUAGUAUUCCUAAUUUCGAAUAUUUUGACAUUUUAUCCAAAUUUUUUGCUCAUUUGCGCCUUUACAAAAUGAUAAAUAAACAUGUUAAACAUAUUCAGCAAUAAACUCUAGUUUUUGCAACCAAUUUUUAUAUAUUCUCUGGACCGAAAGGAGUGUCUCAAUCAAAAAAGAGCCAUAUAUUAUUCAGUUUUUGAGUUGAGUUUUUAGUUAGAAAUUGUUCACUCGUAACAUAAGACCAAUUAAAAAUUAUAGGAAUAAAUCUCUCACAACUUAUUUACUAUUAAUCGAAGACGUUGAAAGAUAGCACAAGACAAAUCUUCAACCAUAUCUAAUGAAUUUAAUUUUCCAUUAAUCUUCUUACUCAAUCGAUUAUGGUGAGGAGUUCUAACUAAUAACAAAAAAAUUUGAUAAUCGUUCAAUCUAUUUGACUUUCAUUACUAGAAUCCCUCUUAGUACAAGCUUACAGCAUUUGGUACAGAUGAAGAAGCAAUUUAAAAGACAAAUUGCAUAGUGUUUAACAAUAAUAAAAGCUAUUAUCAAAUAUUAAGAAAUACAAUUUACUUCCUGUGACAAACAUCUAUAAAGUAUAAACAUAAACAAAAAUUAAUACAUUUUUAUUUGUGAUAAUAAACAUCUCAUAUUUCAAUUAUUUACCAUAUCUAUUUGAAUGUACUAAUAAAAAAGUGUGUUUAAAGGGUUUGUUUAGUGAAAAUAUGGUUCCAUUAGAUUAAUCUAACAAAACUGUAAACAAUAAUUCCAUUUGAAAUAUGCAGAUUUGUAAAUUAAAUAAUGAAAGCUCAAGUUAGAUUAGAUGUGGGUCUGACUACAAUAAAGUCUCAUGUUUAAGUUUACCUUGAAAAGAGAGGUCCACUAACACAAACACAACGAAUUUGAAAAUUUUAAAUCCCUAUAAGAUGUAAAAUAUGGAAGAACUUGAAACUGUGUUUAAAAAUAUGAAAUAAUCAAGUAGAUGGAAUUAAAAAUAAUUUAUGGUGGAUAAUGUGAAACUUAACUGUGGUGUAGUGUAUUAAAUCAGAAAUUUUUGUUUAAAUAACUUUUAAUAAUAUGUCAUCAAACAUGGUAAUCCUAGUGUGAUUUAAGCAAUAGCCCGAUUCCCACUAUUGAAAUAAAAUAAAAAAUAUGGCUGUUGUUAAUGGUUAGACUAACCUUUAUUUAGAAAUAACAUUCAUUAUAUUGAAAUAAUUGUCUAUUCUGUAUAAGCUAUUUUGUAGAGGGAUUCUGGCAAAAUUAAACACAAAAGUGUACUAACUACAAUAUAUUUUACCAAGCUUUUGAAUAUUUAUGUAUUCAUUUUCUGGGACUGAAAUUAUGGUCAAGUGCAAUAUAAAAAUAUGUAUAAAAGUAUAACAAAAAUAAAAAUUGCUUACAAUAACUAGUUAACAAUUGAAGAGUUUGAAAUUUCCUUGUUUUUUUUUAAAAAACAUAUUUUAGAGUUAGUACACUUUGGUGAUUAAUUUCGCCACAAUCUCGCUACGAAAAAGCUCAUAAUCUAGCUGGCAUAUUCUUCGUUCCAUUAAUUGAAAUUAAUAAUAAUCAAAACUUAUCAUCGGUUUAUCUUAGCAAUCAAGAACCAGUUAUUUGCAAAAUUUCCCUUCCUAACAGAGUUCCAAUUGCAAAUGAUGAAAUUAUUGUCAUGACAAAAUUAAUUUAUAUUCAAAAUACGCAAUGUAAUGAUACAUGACAUAUUUUUCCAAUUGUAUAUAUAACACAUGGAAAUAUGUAAUUCUACAGUAAAAAUGAAGAUUUGAUAGAAGUUAAUUUUUCAUAUAAAUAAAAUAAUAUUUUUUAUAUCUUUAAUUAUAAAAGCAAAGGUUAAAAUGCAAAACAUUGCAGAUUUUUCUUGACAUAAUUUCAUUGUUAACUAAGAAAUGGAAUUACGAUCUUAUUUUAAGCUUGCACUACAUAGAAUUUCAACUAUUAGUUGACAAAAUAUAUUCAAAUCAAAAUUGUCAUUUUGUUGGAUUUUAUGUAAAUCAAACCAGAACUAAGCAGAAAAAUCACAUUCAAACGUUAAAAACAUAUUGAAGUUAACACCAUUAAAAGCUUAUGCUUUUAACAAAAUACAAAUGAGAGAAAAAGGAGAGAGAAAGAGCAAGAUAAAUUUAAAUUGUUAGAUUCAAUUCUAUAAAUGAAAAAUUUUCAUUAAAAUAUAAGUUUAUUUUUAUUUUUGAAUCAGAUUAUUUAUUUUAUAGCACCUUAAAAAAAAUUAUUUUUAUAUUGUUUAACAAUAUAGAAUUGAAAAGAUUGACUGAUAUUUUAACUUAUGCUGUAUAGUAUGCUUAAUAUAUUUUAAGGCAUAAAUUUGUCAUCAUGCUAAAGGAUGUUAGAUGGAGUGUUUUAAAAUCCUAUUAAUUUUAUUUAACCAACUAAUCCUAUAUGGUUACUUUACUAGAUCUCUCAGUUUUUAUUACAAAUUGAUUGUACAUAUGGUGUCAGUUUUGUAAUGUAAAUACUAGAUUUAAGUUGUACAUAAUUAAACUUUUUCUCUUACUGUAUAUAAAUAAACUUUCCCAGAAUAUUUUGGGAUAAAAUAAAAUAAAAAUUAAGUG